AUGCUGCCGAGUGAUUACACCGCGGCGGGCUCCGGCAAGCUCAAGCUCAAAGGCGUCAAGGACUCCAAGGUGGACAAGAAGAAAAAGAAGAAAUCGUCGUCCAAGGGCCCGGGGAAUGAGACCCCUGCGCGGGAUCGAACGCGGGGUGGAGAAGGGCUUGACGACGAGUUCAAGGAUCGGUCAGUCAUGCUGAGAAAUCUGGAGGACGAAGAUCAGAAGAUGGCGGCUGAGGAGGCCAAGAGUCUCCAGAAGCGACGGGCCGAUUCAACCGGAGGUGGCCACGGUGAUGCCGAGCCCAUCGAGGAAGAGGACGGCGGCAUUGUCAAGACAGAAGCUGAGAGACGGUAUGAAGAGCAGAGACGGAGAAGGCUUGAGGAGCGUCUAAAACGAGAAGGUGUCAAGACGCACAAGGAGCGUGUUGAAGAGCUGAACCGCUAUCUCAGUAGUCUGAGCGAGCACCAUGACAUGCCGAGAAUAGGACCGGGCUAA